UUCACGCACGCCAUUUCCAGACACGCAGAAAGAUUGGGAGGGCAUUUUUCUAGAGAGAGAGGGACACGACCCGAAUUCGAAUUGGAAAAUGGGCAAGGAUCUCAGCGAGGAACAGGUAUCCUCAAUGAAAGAAGCCUUUACGCUCUUCGACACCGACGGUGACGGCAAGAUCGCCCCUUCUGAAUUGGGGAUCCUAAUGCGCUCUCUCGGGGACAACCCCACCCAGGCCCAACUCAAGACCAUUAUCGCCGAGGAAAACCUAAACGCUCCUUUCGAUUUUCCCAGAUUCCUCGAUCUCAUGGCUAAGCACAUGAAACCCGAGCCCUUCGAUCGCCAGCUCAGAGACGCCUUCAAGGUGCUCGACAAGGACUCCACUGGGUUCGUUUCCGUUGUGGAUCUGCGCCACAUUUUGACUAAUAUUGGAGAGAAGCUCGAGCCAUCCGAGUUCGAUGAAUGGAUCCGGGAAGUAGAUGUCGGUUCGGAUGGGAAAAUCCGCUAUGAGGAUUUCAUUGCUAGGAUGGUGGCCAAGUGAAGUAAGAUCGGUUAAGAAUUUGGGCAUUUGUUUUUGUUUUUGCUUUUUAAAUUUUCAGAAGUACCGUGGUAAGGUUUGCAUUUUGUUUUUGGCUUGGGGGGCUAGUGGUUGUUUGGGUAUUGACGUGAUGGAUGAUGAUGGUGUUCUUCUAAUUAUUGAAGUAAUGGUAAACUUUUCAUUGAA